CUCUGCGAAAGGAUUGCAUGUCGGUGUGUACAAAAAGAGGGAGGACACUGCGAGAUGAUUGGUGCAUAGAAAUAGCUCAGCCAAUCAGAGAGAUGACAGGAAAAUAACGGGCUCAGACAGAGAGAAAGCUUAGAGAGAGGGAAUAUCACUAACAUAUAGAGGAGGAAGGCAACAAAAGUGGAUCAAACUGGAAAAAGCCACGAUGAGUGCAAAUAGAUUAGAUCUCAGUGAUAUGUCUAGCAAUGGGUAGAGUGACAGAAAUACAAAUCAACCGUUCUACAUCAGAUCAUUCGAGGAUGCUUCAAGGUGCAGAUUCAGUUUCUCGGGAGAUAAUGCUGUGAAGGCCCUGAGCAGCAGCAAGACGGCACACAGCAGAACCAAAGCCAGCAAGCUACAGCAGAGGGUGGAGGCGGUGAACAGAUUCACACAAGUGCAGAAAAAAAGACACCAUGAGGACAUCAAGGAAAGGAAGCGUGGAGAUGCCUGCUUUUGUAAGACAGCUAGUGAAGGAGACAGAGAAAAGGGUCACCUCCUUUUUCAAAGGGGGGCGAGGGGGAGGCACAGGGGAGCUGUCUGAAGGCGAAGAGGGAGGAGAAGAAGAAGGGGUUAUGCCUAGCCCCUACUUGGACCGACCGGUUCUGGACAAGCACAUGCAAGAGGGUUGUGCCUCCUGGGGACUUACCUAUGCCCUGGCCAGCAUGCAGGGUUGGAGGGCCCACAUGGAAGAUUUCCACAACUGCUUCCCUCAGCUAGGAGGGGAACUGGCCCGCUGGGGGUUCUUCGCUGUGUAUGAUGGGCACGCAGGGAGCGUGGUGGCCCAACACUGCUCCCAAAACCUACUGGACCACAUUCUGGGCACAGGCAAAAUCCGAGCAGGUGAGGAUGUAGAACGGGUCACUGAGGGCAUCAAGGAGGGCUUCUUUCUCAUGGACAAACACCUUCAUGCCAUGGCCUGCCGUGAGGGUUGGGAACGUGGAGGGACAACUGUGGUUGCCACCGCUAUCACUCCACACCACAUCUACUUUGUGAACUGCGGGGACUCUCGGGCGGUCCUGUGCCGUGCGGGACAGGUGGCCUUCUCAACAGAAGACCACAAGCCCUUCAGCCCCGGAGAGAGGGAGAGGAUAGAGAACGCUGGAGGAUCGGUGACUGUGCAGCGGGUGAAUGGCUCGCUGGCAGUCUCCCGGGCGUUGGGAGACUUCAGUUACAAGACAGCCGAGUGGCUGCCGGUCACAGAACAGAUGGUAUCACCAGAGCCGGAAGUGUCUGCUGUGGAGCGCUCGCCAGCAGAUGAGUUUCUGGUUCUGGCCUGCGAUGGUGUGUGGGACACUGUCACUAAUGAAGAGCUCUGUGCCUUCAUACACAGCCGACUUCGUGUCUGCACAGACCUGAGAGAGGUCUGCUCCCAGGUCAUUGACCUUUGCCUCUAUAAGGGGAGCCUUGAUAACAUCAGCAUCAUUCUAGUCUGUUUCCCUGGCGCCCCCCAGCUGUCACCUGAAGCACUGCACCAGGAGGCUGAGCUGGAGGACUUUCUGGAGUCCAAAGUUGCUGAGAUUUUCGAGGAGCUGAGCGCAAGAGGUGAUGAUCCUGAUCUUCUGUCAGUUCUGACAGUACUGGCUUCAACAGUGAUUCCUGGACUUCCACCAGGGGGCGGCCUUCAGAGCAAGCGGAACUGUAUAAUUUCAGCAUACUAUCAGCAGAAGGAGGUACAGCGAUCUAGAUUAGCCCAGGAACGCAGUCCUACAGAUGCCAACUAGAGACCAUCUUACAUAAACGCUUAAUGGAUGUGCUUGUUUGGGGAUCAGAUUUCUGAUCAGUUUUAUGUCUUUUAAAGAUCUUUUUGGACAGCAAAAAAAAAAAAUACUUUUUGUGUUUCAUAAAUGACGAAACUUACAAAAAGCAAUGUUGUGCCAGAAUGCAGGACAAUAAUGACUGUAUAUAACUCUUACUCUUUAGAUUGUGAUACGUUCAGUAUUUUCCUUACCAAAUGUAUACAAUGAGACUUACAUUCGACAAUACUCAGGUAAUGUGUUCAAACAGUGACAACACACUUUUGAGAUUCUCUUCAGUCCUGUCAUAUAACAGGUUAUUUUUUAAAUGGAUACAAUAAAAAAGGCAGAAUUUGAUAGAACUCCUGGAUUUUGAUGAAUAGUAAAUUAUCCACAAGCUAAUGCUGAUGUACUGUAUUAAAGGAAUAGUUCACCCAAAAAUGAUAUACUUGCCUUUACGGCUUAGUCUUUGUAGAAACAUGGUCCAAUUAUUUUGUUUAGAGGACAACAAGUCUUGUGUUUAAUAAAAGGAAAAAGAAAUACAGGUUUGGAGCAACAUCAUAAUAAAGGUCUGAAGCAUUUGUAUAGAAAAAUAUACAUAUUUAAAACUUUAUAAUCUGCAAACUGUUGUUCACGCGUUCAUGAGACAGUGGAGUUCCAGCAUAUGACGUAGGCAUAUCGUAAGCUCCAGUGGGAAAUGAUGAAUGCAAAAGCAUAGAGGAAAAAGCAAAACAAAAUACCGGUCAGAAAUUAGAAGAACAAAACGAAGAUUUGUAAAGAAAAAUGUCAGAGGAUUUUGAUAUAAGCCAAGAAAGGACUGGUUUUUCUUUGCUAUGACACUAGCAUAUUCUCACUGGAGCUUAUACGCCUACGUCAAACUCUGGAAUGCCACUCUUUCAUGAACAGUUAGCUGAAGAUUAUGUUUUAUAAUGUUUUAAUUAUGGAUAUUUUUCUUACACAAACGCAUCAGUUAACUUCAGAAGCCCUUUAUUUACAGCGUGGAGCACUUUUUAUGAUGGAUUGAUGCACUUUUUGGGGAUUCCCCCCCAUUCAAUGGCAAAUAUAAAGCAUGGUAGAGCAAAGACAUUUUUUAAUAUAGCUUCGAUUGUAUUCAUCUGAAAGAAGAAAGUCAUAUACACCCAAGAUGGUUUGAGGUUGAGUCAAUUAUUUGCUAAUUUUCAGUUUUGGGUGAACAAUCCCUUUAAGAAUUCACAUCAAACUUGAAAUGAUAAAAUCUCUACAAACAAAUUCUAUUAAAUACAAGCACUUUUACAUGUUGGUUUAUACAAGCUCAUAAUAUAGUCACAGAUUGCAACUUUUCCCCUUCUUGAAUAGUUGUUUCCUCUAAUACGCUCUUCUCUGUUUGCAUGAUCUGUACUGUGUUGCCUUACUCACCUCUUUGAAAUUACGGUAUGCCAAUAUAUAAACAUGUUAUUAUUACAAGAUAUUUCUAGCAAAUGAACUGAUGCAGUGCUAUAUCAUGUUAUGUAAUGGUUUCUCUCUGUGCACAUUUUACAGAUAUUGUGCGAUAUUUGUGCUAACAUAAAGGUUGAAG